GGAGGCUGAGGCAGGAGGAUCACUUGAGCCAGGGAGUUUGAGAUUGCUAUGAGCUAUGAUGUUUCCAGAGAAGAGAUGUCUGAAAAGGAGACAAAGACAGGGCCACAGUAUAUGAGUUGGGGGCAGGGGGCAGGGGAGACUGAGACUGUGCUCCCAAAUCCUUUUCUGUGUUUUCCCAUUUCCGUUUUUUUCUGGGUUAAUUUAUAACACUGCUGUGUCCCAGCUUUUCCACAGAGCCCUCCCCUUCACUGCCCCCAUUGUUAAGAAAAGCUUAGGCCACGUGACAGUGAGGGGCGUGCACCCACAGCUGGUUAUGUCAGCAGCUGCUUGGGGCCUCUUCACUUGCUACCCACGUUUUCCAGGGAGUCUUGAGAGGAACAACUCAUUACAGUCCUGAAUGGAGGGGCCGUGUAACUGCUGCUCUACUGGACCCAGACUGGCAUUUUAUUUCUCCCAAUUAAGGCCUUGUUCUCUUUCUUGGACUUGGUGUUCUGCUCUUCCCUUCUUUAAAAGAAUUAUAAUUUCCAGCCCCUUCUCCACUGCUGAGACUCCCCCACUUUCCCUACUUAUCCUUGUUAAAAUCAAAACCAUCAUGUUUAUUGAUCACCUGCUAUGUUGUGGGGUGUCCUGGGUGCUGGGGAGUACAGUGAAUGAGACAGAUGAGAUUCUGCUGGGUGCCUGGAUCUUGGCUUUCUAUUUUCCAAACAGUGGGGAUAUGAAGCCCUUGCCACUCCAUCUCUCUCUGUCUAGGACCCCAGUUGGCCUCUUCUUUCUGCUAUCUCCUUUGUCCCUUUGUAGUCCUAGCUUCCUGGCCCCCACUUUUGGGGCAGCCCUAACUGUGGGUGGCUGCAUCCUCUGGAGAGAAGUACAUACAAAUCACCAAGUAGGCUGCCCGGAGACCUUUUCUCUGAUUGGCCACAGAAUUACCUGCUAUUGUUUGCCUCCAUAGCCCCUAAUGGUUCAGGCUGCCCCUUCCAUUGUCUGCAUCCUCUUUCUACCCACUCAACCUCUAUCACACGUGGACCCUCAACUGUCUUCCUCCCAGGAUUUUGAAGUGUCAGAGGAAGGGGUUGGGUCAAAGGACUUCAGUGUGUAUGGUGACAGGCUGGGAAGGGCAACCAGGAAAAGCCAAGCCAGGUUUCUGUCUCUUUCGCUCCUCUCAGGGAGCAGUCAUCCCAUCCAGCUUGGUUCAACUCCCAGGGUCUGCAUUCCUUUUCCCCACACCUGGAAAGGCCAAGGUGCUAAGGUAUUCUGUUCUGCAAGGCUGGUUCGCUCAGGAAGUAGACAUCUCUUGAGCACCUGAGUACCUACUGUGGCACAGGCAUUUUCCCUGAAGAGGGACAGCUUAUCUCCCUUCUAUUAUUCACUGUGCAAGGCGUCCUGCGCCCAUUGGCUGGGCGGUGUCUGGGGCCCUUCAGCCCAGCGCCAGCACCCAGGUCCACGUGCGCCAGUGUGUGUGACACAGCCCUGACCUCAGUGGGGGACAAUAGCCAAUCAGGCGCCGGGAAGAGAUCCCCAGCCAAUCGGGGGCGGGGCCUGCGGCUCCACCGGCAGGAGGCCAAUGAGGGGGCAGUGCCUGGCAUUAUGCAACCCGCCUCCCCGCCCCGCGGAGCCUCCACUCUGCUGCUGGCUGGAACCGCGGCGGGCAGGCGGACGGAGGACACUCGCACUGCCAGGUACUGGCUGUGAUCAAACUUCUCAACCCUCAGAGACCUAGAUCUCCCACCUUACAACAUCAGCCAGGCCUCCAGGCCCCUUCGUGCAUCCGUGGUGGCCUCUUCGGCUUCCCUGUUUUCCUGUCCUCCCCAUGGCCAAGACAUGAGCGGUCCCCUAGAAGGGGCUGAUGGGGGAGGGGACCCCAGGCCGGGGGAAUCCUUUUGUCCUGGAGGGGUCCCAUCCCCAGGGCCUCCACAGCACUGGCCUUGCCCGGGCCCCAGCCCGGCCGAUGACACUGAUGCCAACAGCAAUGGCUCAAGCGGCAAUGAAUCCAACGGGCAUGAAUCCAGGGGUGCAUCUCAACGGAGCUCACAUAGUUCCUCCUCUGGCAAUGGCAAGGACUCAGCCCUUCUGGAGACCACUGAGAGCAGCAAGAGCACAAACUCUCAGAGCCCAUCCCCACCCAGCAGUUCCAUUGCCUACAGCCUCCUAAGUGCCAGCUCGGAGCAGGACAACCCGUCUACCAGUGGCUGCAGCAGUGAGCAGUCAGCCCGGGCAAGGACCCAGAAGGAACUCAUGACAGCACUUCGGGAGCUCAAGCUUCGACUGCCGCCAGAGCGCCGGGGCAAGGGCCGCUCUGGGACUCUGGCCACGCUACAGUACGCACUGGCCUGUGUCAAACAGGUGCAGGCCAAUCAGGAAUACUACCAGCAGUGGAGCCUGGAAGAGGGUGAGCCUUGUGCCAUGGACAUGUCCACCUACACGCUGGAGGAGCUGGAGCACAUAACAUCUGAGUACACGCUUCGCAACCAGGAUACCUUCUCGGUGGCUGUCUCCUUCCUGACAGGCCGAAUUGUCUACAUUUCGGAGCAAGCGGGUGUCCUGCUGCGUUGCAAGCGGGAUGUGUUCCGGGGUGCCCGCUUCUCAGAGCUCCUGGCUCCCCAGGAUGUGGGCGUCUUUUAUGGUUCCACAGCCCCAUCUCGCCUGCCCACCUGGGGCACUGGGGCCUUGGCAGGUUCAGGCCUCAAGGACUUCACCCAGGAGAAGUCUGUCUUCUGCCGUAUCAGAGGAGGCCCUGACCGGGAUCCAGGGCCUCGGUACCAGCCAUUCCGCCUAACCCCAUAUGUGACCAAGAUCCGGGUUUCAGAUGGGACCCCUGCGCAGCCAUGCUGCCUGCUCAUUGCAGAGCGCAUCCACUCCGGUUAUGAAGCUCCCCGGAUCCCCCCCGACAAGAGGAUAUUCACUACGCGGCACACACCCAGCUGCCUCUUCCAGGAUGUGGAUGAAAGGGCUGCCCCACUGCUGGGCUAUCUGCCCCAGGACCUCCUGGGGGCCCCAGUGCUCCUAUUCCUGCAUCCUGAGGACCGACCCCUCAUGUUGGCCAUCCACAAGAAGAUCCUGCAGCUGGCAGGCCAGCCCUUUGACCACUCCCCUAUCCGCUUCUGUGCCCGUAACGGGGAGUAUGUGACUAUGGACACCAGCUGGGCUGGAUUUGUACACCCCUGGAGCCGCAAGGUGGCCUUUGUGUUGGGUCGACACAAAGUACGCACGGCACCCCUGAAUGAGGAUGUCUUCACACCCCCAGCCCCCAGCCCAGCUCCGUCCCUGGACACUGAUAUCCAGGACCUGUCAGAGCAGAUCCACCGGCUGCUGUUGCAGCCUGUGCACAGCCCCAGCCCCACAGGGCUCUGUGGAGUUGGCCCUGUGACAUCCCCAGGUCCCCUGCACAGCCCAGGCUCUUCCAGUGAUAGCAAUGGGGGUGAUGCUGAGGGGCCUGGGCCUCCCGCCCCGGUGACUUUCCAGCAGAUCUGUAAGGAUGUGCAUCUGGUCAAGCACCAGGGGCAGCAGCUUUUUAUUGAGUCUCGGGCCCGGCCUCCAACCCGGCCCCGCCUCCCCACAAUAAGCAUGUUCAAGACCAAGGCCCUUCCUUGCCAGUCCCCAGACCCAGAGCCAGAGUUGGCUGCUGCUCCAAUCCAGGCCCCACUAGCCUUGGUCCCUGAGGAGGCUGAGAGGAAAGAAGCCUCCAGCUGCUCCUACCAGCAGAUCAACUGCCUGGACAGCAUCCUCAGGUACCUUGAGAGCUGCAACAUCCCCAGCACGACCAAACGUAAAUGUGCCUCCUCCUCCUCCUACACGGCCUCCUCCGCCUCUGAUGAUGACAAGCAGAGGACAGGUCCAGUCUCUGUGGGGACCAAGAAAGAUCCUUCGUCGGAAGUGCUGUCUGGGGAGGGGGCCACUCCUCAGAAGGAGCCAGUGGUGGGAGGCACCCUGAGCCCGCUCACCCUGGCCAAUAAGGCGGAGAGCGUGGUGUCCGUCACCAGUCAGUGUAGCUUCAGCUCCACCAUCGUCCAUGUGGGAGACAAGAAGCCCCCGGAGUCGGACAUCAUCAUGAUGGAGGACCUUCCUGGCCUAGCCCCAGGCCCAGCCCCCAGCCCGGCCCCCAGCCCCACAGUAGCCCCUGACCCAGCCCCAGAUGCCUACCGUCCAGUGGGCCUGACCAAGGCCGUGCUGUCCCUGCACACACAGAAGGAAGAGCAAGCCUUCCUCAGUCGUUUCCGGGACCUUGGCAGGCUGCGUGGACUCGACAGCUCUUCCACGGCCCCCUCCGCCCCUGGUGAGCGAGGCUGCCACCAUGGCCCUGCACCCCCCGGCCGCCGACACCACUGCCGAUCCAAAGCCAAGCGCUCACGCCACCACCAGACCCCCCGGGCCGAAGCCCCCUGCUACAUCUCCCACCCAUCACCUGUGCCACCCUCUGCUGCCUGGCCCCCCCCACCAGCCACUACCCCCUUCCCAGCCGUGGUCCAACCCUACCCCUUCCCAGUAUUCUCCCCUCGAGGAGGCCCUCAGCCUCUUCCCCCUGCACCCACUUCUGUGCCCCCUGCCACUUUCCCUGCCCCCCUGGUAACCCCAAUGGUGGCCUUAGUGCUCCCUAACUAUCUGUUCUCUGCCCCAUCCGGCUAUCCCUACGGGGCACCCCAGACCCCAACGGAGGGGCCUCUUACCCCUGCUUCCCACUCCCCUUCCCCAUCCUUGCCACCUCUGCCCCCAAGCCCUCCCCACCGCCCAGACUCCCCACUGUUCAACUCAAGAUGCAGCUCCCCGCUCCAGCUCAAUCUGCUGCAGCUCGAGGAGCCCCCCCGUGCUGAGGGGGGCACUGUUGCAGGGGGCCCUGGGAGCAGUGCUGGGCCCCCACCUCCCAAUGAGGAGGCUGCUGAGCCAGAGGCCAGACUGGUGGAGGUAACAGAGUCCUCCAAUCAGGACGCACUUUCUGGCUCCAGUGACCUGCUGGAACUGCUACUGCAAGAGGACUCUCGCUCUGGCACGGGCUCUGCAGCCUCAGGCUCCCUGGGCUCUGGCUUGGGCUCUGGGUCUGGUUCAGGCUCCCACGAAGGGGGCAGCACCUCAGCCAGCAUCACUCGCAGCAGUCAGAGCAGCCACACAAGCAAGUACUUCGGCAGCGUAGACUCUUCUGAGGCUGAGGCUGGGGCUGCUCAGGCCAGGGCUGAGCCCGGGGACCAAGUCAUUAAGUACGUGCUCCAGGAUCCCAUCUGGUUGCUCAUGGCCAACGCUGACCAACAUGUCAUGAUGACUUACCAGGUGCCCUCCAGGGACAUGACCUCUGUGCUAAAGCAGGACCGGGAGCGGCUCCGGGCCAUGCAGAAACAGCAGCCUCGGUUCUCAGAGGACCAGCGUCGGGAACUGGGUGCUGUGCACUCCUGGGUCCGGAAGGGCCAGCUGCCUCAGGCCCUUGAUGUCAUGGCCUGUGUGGACUGUGGUAGCAGUGCACAAGACCCUGGCCACCCUGAUGACCCACUGUUCUCAGAGCUGGAUGGACUGGGGCUGGAGCCCAUGGAGGAGGGCGGAGGCGAGGGGGGAAGUGGUGGUGGUGGUGGUGGUGAGGGUGAGGGUCUCAAGGAGGCCCAAGCCCAAGUUGGGGCCAAGGUCUCAAGCUCUCAGGACUUGGCCAUGGAGGAGGAGGAACAAGGUGUGAGCUCAUCCAGUCCAGCCUUACCUACCACAGAAAAUGGCACCAGCUAGACUCCAUUUUGGGACCACCUCUGGGAGUCCAUGAGAGGCUUCCUUCUCCUUGAUGUCCCAAUUCUCAGAACUUGGAUUUGGCUAGACCAAUCAAUAAGAUACUGCCCAGCUUUUCCCACCGAAGGGGGCUGGACCCCCAUCACCAGCCCAAGAUUCAGGGGGCCGUCUCUGACCUCUUAGGGAACAGAGGAUGGAACUCCUCAGCCCAGCCCAGCCCCACUCUUGAUGAGGAGUCCUUCCCUCCCGUGGACAAAGUUGUUGACAAGCUGCUGAAGUGGUCUCUCCAAAUCCCAGCUGAGCCUGAGUCUGGCCCUGAAGGUUGGGGCUGCACUUAUUUAUUGGAGGAGACAGCUCUCUCUCCCACCUCCUCCCCGAUGGGAGGAGAGCCUGAGGCCCAAGCAGGACCCAGGGGUACAAACUGCUAGCUGCUCCAGGGUGGGGGAGGUUGGUGGACCGUGGAGUCCCUGGUGCUGCCCCUCAGGUGGGACCCAGGCGUUCUCAGCUGUACCCUCUACCAAUGGCAUUUGUGUUUUUGAUAUUGUGUCUGUUACUACUUUUUUAAUACAAAAAGAAAAAAAGCCCA